AUGAAGAUUUCACUCAAGCUUGAUGAAAACCACCACGACCGCCACCACAAGCCGCCAUCGCCGACGCUCCUCCUCCGUGCCAAAAUUCCCUUAACAAUCUUCAACCUCCCAUUCAUUUCCCACUUCUCCACCACCACCACCCACCCCUCCGACCUCUCCCUUUCUCUAUCCACCAAUUUCCCCUCUUUCCCCUCUCUCAAACUCUCCCACGCCACCACCACCGCCGCCGCCCCACCCCUCACUCUCACCCUCAAAUCCGGCACGGGCCUCUUCGGCUCCCCCAAAAACUCCCCUUUCGUCAUCUCCGCUCACUUCUCCUUCGACCCUUCCAACUCCGCCCACCCUAACCCUACAUUCUCUCUCUUCCUCAAACCCCAGCUCGGAUCUUUCUCUCUCCGGAAAUCCACCGUCUCCCACCCUCCACCCACCAUCGCCGCUGAAUCGAUCAAUUCGGACGCGGUGUGCGAUUCCAGCUCCUUCGCGUUCGUGCCGCUGGAGACGCCCGCGCCAGUGAAGGAGGAGCUCCCGCCGCAGAAAAUUUCUAGGGCUUCGAUUUUGAAGGGGACACAGCUGGCGGCGGCGACGCAGAUGCCGCUGGCGAAGAGGCUGGCGCUGAGCUUCAGAUGGCGGGUGAAUUUCGCGGAGGAUCAAUUGCCGAUUUUGAGAAUCAACAAGAUCGGAAUUAAACGAAUUGACGAUGCGGUCAGGGCUGAUGAGAAGAGUGAGAAGAAUGAGGCGAAAUCGGGCGAAUUGGAGGUGAUGAAGAGCAUGCUAUUCUGGAUGAAGAGGGAGGUGGAUGAUCUAACAAGAGCUAAUCAACAAAUGAAGAGUGAGUUUGAGGAAUUGAGACGGCGGAGCAGGGGCGGCGAUGUUAUCAGAGAGGGGGUUAGGCGAAGCAGCAGCGGCGGCGGCGUUGGUAGUGGAAAUGGGAGUGUUAAGGAGGGCGUGAGGAAGAAGGCGGUGGCGCCGAUGAAGCAGUGGAAAGUGGAAGAGAGUGGCAAUGGCGGUGAGAAACGGGAAGAAAAGAAGAAUGGGAAUGUGGGCAUUGAUGUGGAGAGUGAGUUGCAGAGAGCUAUAAUGGCUGCUUCUGCUGCUUCUACGUGA